AUUCAUUCACUUCAGCAAAGCAGUGGCAUUUCCGCAAUUCCAGCGGAGGGAGGGAGACCUCUGUAUUCUCUCUCUUCCUACUUAAUUACUUACAACAGUGUUCUGGUUCAGAAAACAGAGAGCCCAAUCUCGUACUUCUCUAACAAAAUCUUCUUCGUUUAUGAGUGAGUGAUUCUGUUAUCCAGUGCUGAUGAUGACGAUGGCAGCUAAAUGUGAUUCUUCCACAACAUUUCCAUUAUUUGCUUUCCGAAAGUUCAUCACUCCGAGUCAAUUUUGUUCCAGGAGGAAAAUCAGUUUUCUCAUAGUAAAUAAAGCAGAGUCAUCAUUUUCAAAUGUCAAAAGAGCAAACUUAGCUGCAAGAAAGAAGGACAGAGUGAAGCUUCCAAAUUAUAAUGAUGGUGGUGGGGGCAAGAGGAUAUAUCAUAUCAGUGAAUUUCUGAGCCACCCAUCUGGGAUUGAAGCAAUCUUGAACACCAGUGCCUUGCAGAGUUUUCAGUUCCUUGACGCUAAUCUGUACAGGUGUACCUUGCCAAGAGUUCAACUUCUGAACUUUGAAGUGGCCCCAGUGCUGGACUUACGCGUGACCCCAACAGAUGAAGAUUGUACAGUUGAGAUGUUGUCGUGCAAGUUUGUGGGUUCAGAAGUCUUGGAACGCCAGAACGAACAUUUUUCAGCAUCAAUGAGAAAUCGCAUAACAUGGGACCCAAAUGACACUGAACCGUUUUUGGAUGUUGAUGUAAAGUUGAAUCUCACUCUUGAGAUUUACACACAGCCAUUUACUAUGCUGCCAAUAUCUGCUGUUGAGGGCCCCGGGAAUUUAAUGAUGCAAACUCUACUGGACAGGCUUGUACCAUUACUCGUGCAACAAUUACUACAAGAUUAUAGUAAAUGGGUUCAACAACAGAGUCGAUACUUGCAAUGAAAUUGGUCCCAAAUAUUGCUAUUGCGGCUUGUAUUUGUUACGUUUUGUUUCUUUUGUCAUGUCGAAACUCAGCAGACUUGGAGCACAGAAUGACCUGGAGGUUGGACUAUAAAUUAUGCUUUGCAUCAAUUCUGCUUCAAGCCAAUGAGUUUGCCUACAAGUUUGUGUAGUCUCUUUGCAAUGCAAAUCGUGGGCAGAAAAACUAUUGUCAGUACUACUAAUUUUCUUUUUAACGAGCAGCUGGAAUCAGUGAUAUUGCUAGUAUCCUGGGGAAGGCAAUGUAUAUAAUGAGUUUGGUGCAAAGAAAAGUGGAUGCUCCAAGUCCUUCCUGAAAAAAAUGAUUCGUAUUCUUCAAGUAAUGAAAUAGCAAUCAACACAGACCUUGAGCCCAAGAGGUCUAUGACCAUGACAUUGCGUAAGAGGUGGUUGGGUGAUCCAGUCCCCACCAAUGAUGCUUGUAAAGGAGUAUGUAAUAUUGUUGUUUUUUAGUACGUAAACCAAUAAAAGAGAGGGGAAGCAAACUGGUUCAUAGAUAGGUCAUGGUGAUCAAAAUAGCUAAAUAGCUAAAUAUUGACAUUUAAAAUAGCUCAAACAAACCCUUUUUUGGUGGUUUCAGCCAUUUUGUUUUAUUCGUUUAGCUUUUUUGUGUGGAUAUACAAAUGAAAUCUUA